GUGAAACACACAGAAAGCUACGGAGCUCACGAGGUAGCAUUAGCUCCUCUUAGAAGGUAGUUUGAAAACAGGUUUGGUGUUUUCGGUAAAUAUUUCCGUGUUUCCAGUGAAAAUGUCUUCAGUUCCGCCUCAGAGAGAGUUUAUCAACGAGCAGGUAACUCCUGCUGGAGAAACAUUCACAGAGUGGAAAGAAAUCAACGUUAAGAUGGAGGAAGAGAUGGAGGAUCAGCGCAGACUGAUGGAUUUUACCCGGAUACCGAGGAUCAUCUUACACCGGAUAGAUCUCCCACAAUGUUGUGGGUGUAAAGAGGAGGAGGUUCUUAAUGAAACAGAACUACAGAGGAACCAACUCAUCUCUCAUGGCUCUCCAGAAACUGACAACCAGAAUCAGGAAGGAAUCAAUUCUGAAGACCCGGGAAAAAAGAGAAAGGAAGAACAAAAACAAAAGGAGAAAUAUGAGAAAACCAAAGAGCAGAAAGGCAGAACUGACACUUCAAAACAAAAAAAGCACAAGAAAGCUCACGCAGGGCAAAAAUUAUAUUCUUGUAAAAUUUGUGAUAAAACCUUUUCUGAAAACAGUAACUUGAUGAGACACAUGAUAACUCACACAGGAGUAAAACCUUUCACUUGUUCAACCUGUGGGAAAGGUUACAGACAAAAACAUGGUUUAAUUUAUCACAUGAGAAUUCACACAGGUGAAAAACUGGCCAUGUGUGUGACCUGUGGAAAAGGUUUUCAUGACACCAACUAUUUAAAGAGACACAUGAGAAUUCACACAGGUGAGAAGCCUUUCUCCUGUGGGUCCUGUGGAAAGAGUUACAGUGAAAGAGGGACUUUAACUCAGCACAUGAGAAUUCACACAGGUGAGAAGCCUUUCUCUUGUGGGAUUUGUGAAAAAAGUUUCACUGAAAAAGGCAAUUUAAAUACUCAUAUAAAAAUUCACACUGGUGAGAAGCCUUUCUCUUGUGGGACCUGUGGAAAGAGUUACAGUGUAAGAAAGCUUUUAACUCAUCACAUGAGAAUUCACACAGGUGAGAAGCCUUUCUCUUGUGCCACCUGUGGAAAAAGUUUUACUCGAAAAGACACUUUAAAUGCUCAUAUGAAAAUUCACACAGAUGAGAAGCCUUUCUCUUGUGGGACCUGUGGAAAGAGUUUUACUCGAAAAGACACUUUAAAUGCUCAUAUGAAAAUUCACACAGAUGAGAAGCCUUUCUCUUGUGGGACCUGUGGAAAGAGUUACAAUCAUAGACAGAGUUUAACUCAUCACAUGAGAAUUCACACAGGUGCGAGCCCUUUCUCCUGUGGGACCUGUGGAAAGAGUUACAGUAAAAGAAAGUAUUUAACUACUCACAUGAGAAUUCACACAGGGGAGAAGCCUUUUUCUUGUGGGACCUGUGGAAAGAGUUACAUUCAAAGACAGAGUUUAACUUAUCACAUCAGAAUUCACACAGGUGAGAGGCCUUUUUCUUGUGGGACUUGUGGAAACUGUUUCACUAAAAAAGGCAGUUUAAAUGCUCAUAUGAAAAUUCACACAGGUGAGAGGCCUUUCUCUUGUGGGACCUGUGGAAAGAGUUUCAUUGAAAGAGGCAGUUUAAAUGCUCAUAUGAGAAUUCACACAGGUGAGAAGCCUUUCUCUUGUGCGACUUGUGGAAAGAGUUGCAUUCAAAGACAGGUUUUAGCUCGUCACAUGAGAAUUCACACAGGUGAGAGGCCUUUCUCCUGUGAGAGCUGUGGGAAAAGUUUUUCUCAAAAAAUCGGUUUAAAUAUUCAUAAGAAAAUUCACACAGGUGAGAGGCCUUUCUCUUGUGAUACUUGUUUAAAAGGUUUCCGGACAAAAUCAAAUUUACUUGAUCACAUGAGGAUUCAUACUGGUGAGAAGCCUUUUUCUUGUGGGACCUGUGGAAAGAGUUACAGUCGUAGAAGUAUUUUAAGUCAUCACAUGAAGACUCACACAGACUAGAAGCCUUUGGCUCGAAACAGAGCCGAUCCGUUUGGUAUCCGAUCCCGUGGAAAAUCUGGUCGGAUGAUGUACACCAGGGGUGUCGAACUCCAGUCCUCAAGGGCCGGUGUCCUGCAACUUUUAGAUGUGCCUCUGCUGCACCACACCUG